AUGAUUCCGAAAUCAUGGUUAGAGUUCACGUAUAAAAGGAUAGAAAAUCCAUACUCGUUAGAUAAUGUUAUGAAGGAUAUUCAAGAAAGUAAACAAGAAAAAAUGAUUCUAGCCAUUUUCUGUUUAAUUUUUAUAAUAUCAGUUAGUGGUGAGAGUAAAAUUCCCUUUGAUAAAUACUGCGUUCAUAAGAAUCCCGAAGCUACUCGUACGUGUGUUAUCGAUAAUAAAAUGCAAGCGAUUAUGGAUGUUGGUACAGAAUGCGCUAAGAAGAUAAACCCGGAUAAGGAUUUAAGUAUUCCUAGCUCCAGGAAAGCCUAUUAUUGCGAUGAAACAAAUAAAAAGGAUAGAGAAGAGUACGUCAAAUGCCUGGACGAUGGUGCAGAAAAUUUAGAUAAUACUGAAGAAUUAUUGAAGAUUAUAUCCAGAUGUUUAGAGGAAAACUAACACUCGAAAUAACAUCACUCGCCAGAUUAUUUCUAUGAAA